CUCAUAACCAGUCAAGAUUACGUUACACACAUCCCUCAGCGUUUCCCUUCCAAGCAAGCAAUUCCGUUGCUGUUAAUUGUUAUCACAAGAAAAUUAUGGCAGUUGCGAGUGCACCUUCGGCUCUAACAACGAUUCUUCAUCACUCACAAACUCCCAAAUCUCUUACCCUAUCGUUUACAACUAGGGCAUCCAUAUCUUCGGUUUCAGUUUCAAAUUCAAAUGGAUCUAUCAAGGCUAGGUUUGGAUCUUCAAGAGGAGGAGCUGGUGUGUUGGAACGACCUUCUUUUGAUCAAUCUCAGUUCGACCCUGCUACCCAAGUUCAAGAAGGUGGAGAUAUCGGAAGCGUAAGACACAAGAAAAACACUGGUAGUGGUGACAGUUACAGAGUGCUCUUGAUUGAUGAUGCACGUCAUACUGAGAAUCUAGUGGCAAAAGCAUUACCUCAGGCUGUUCCAGGUGUUACACCUGAUGAUGCAAGAAAACACUUCCAUGUAUCACGGGAAACUGGUCUCGCGGUUGUUCUAGUUACAGUCAAGGAGCAUGCGGAGUUCUAUGCCCAGAUGAUGAUGCGCAAAGGACUUCGAUCAACAAUUGAGCCAGAUUCGACUACUGUAUGAUUCGGGUCUAACAUAUUUCUAUAUAUAUUAUAUACAACUCUACCUUUUUAAAGGUUUAGAGUUUAGACUCAAGCUGUGUGUGAACUUAAUGAAGCAGUUCUCAGAAACCAAUUUUGAUAGUAGAAGAAUGAGUAUAGUAUAGACAUCGACAAACAGUAAAGUAGAUGUGUAAACUUGUUUGUAUUAUUCUUGAUGAUGAGCAUGGGAGUGAGUCAGUUUCCCACCUUUUUGGAUGUGAAUUGCGGUGUAUUGGUUUUCUAUUGAGCUCUAAAGCUAGAAAUAUUAUGUUGUAUUGGC